CUCCUUAAUUCUUUGUUAUUCAGAAGCUCAUCCGUCGCUGCAAGUAAUUUUACCCGCGGAGUUGUAACAUGGCGUCACCUAUGAGAUAUGUCCGAGUUGGCAAUUCGGGUCUGAAGGUUUCUCAGAUUAUCCUGGGCUGCAUGAGCUUUGGCGACAAGAAUUGGCAGCCUUGGCUUCUCGACAAAGACGAAGCCUUGCCAAUCCUCAAGCAUGCAUUCGACCGGGGUAUCAACACGUGGGACGUUGCUGAUACUUACUCCAAUGGCAGAGCGGAAGAAAUUCUCGGUGAGGCUAUUCGACACUACGAGAUUCCCCGCUCCAAGCUCGUCAUUAUGUCAAAAUGUUUCCAGUUUGUCGAUGAGGGCAAAGGAGCUAUUGACCCUGCGACCUUGACAAGCAAUGACGGUCCGCGUGUCAACCAAGUCGGACUGUCUAGGAAGCACAUUCUGGAAGCAGUCGACCACAGCAUUGAACGUCUUGGGACCUACAUCGAUGUGUUGCAGAUCCACCGAAUGGAUCGCGACGUGCCACCAGAAGAGAUUAUGAAAGCACUACACGAUGUCAUCGAGAGUGGCAAAGUUCGAUACAUUGGUGCUAGUUCGAUGGCCGCAUGGGAAUUCCAAAUGCUACAGAAUGUUGCGAGCAGAAAUGGCUGGCAUCAAUUCAUAUCCAUGCAAGGCUUAUACAACCUUCUCUACCGUGAAGAAGAGCGGGAGAUGAAUGCUUACUGCAAUGCCACAGGCGUGGGCUUGUUACCUUGGUCUCCGCUGGCAGCGGGCGUCCUUACGCAUCCCUGGACAGAUCGCAGUGAUCCACGAGAACAGAAGGAUCCCUUCCUUCGAAUGCUUUUUCGAAGCGGAGACAAUGCGUCGGACCAGGCCAUUGUAGGACGUGUUGAGGAACUGGCGGAAAAGAAAGGGGUGGCUAUGGCGCAAAUAGCUCAGGCAUGGCUGAUCUCUAAAGGCUGCAUGCCUAUAUGUGGUCUGGAGACGAAGGAAAGGAUCGAUCAAGCUUUAGCGUCGCUACAGGUUGAGCUCACAACGGAGGAGACCGACUGGUUAGAGGAACCGUAUGCUGCAAAACAGGCUAUCCCGUUCUGAGCGGAAAGUAAAGACUGGGGAGCGAAGGGGCGCUAUCGACGAUUGCAUUCUUGGUAUUUCAAUCCAAACACCGCUGAAUUUGUAAACCCUGUUCUCAUGGUCCGCAACUUUUACAGAGAGGCCGAGCUACUUGUUUCGGCUUUGUAGCUGCUGAUUGCAGUGCCUCUCCUUGAGGUCAUCUAAUUAGCAAAGGG